AUGGAACUUGAAGAGCAAGGGCUCCGUCGAAAAUGUGAAGAUCUUCGCCGCACACUCGCUGAAAAGAGCAAGAAGUUGGAGCAGGCUCAGGAGCUCUACAACAAAUUGAAACAAAAGGUAUUGCUAAGCCAACCAGCCAACGAUCCGGCUGAUGUCAUGGGCUCGAGGUUAGGCUCGAAUACGGAUCGGUAUGACCUCCAGGGGCAAAACGCUGGUGGGAUCGGACCGACAACCAACUACUUCCCCGAUGACUCGAGGUCAUCAAGAAGGCAUUCUGGUUCAGGAAGUGUGGAUGGCUGGAACAAACCAAUGGAUCCCCAAUUUCUUGUGCCUGGAACACCAGCUAGCCACAUGUCAAUAGGCGAGCCCGGCUCUCGUUUCUCAUCCAUGCGAGAUACUCUCAGUAACACGCUGCCGGCAAUUCCUCGCUCUGGUCGUUAUACCCAGUCUAGUAGAGCGAACAAUCAUGCAACGGCUAGUAACAUUGGGCGAACAACGUCGGCAUCACUCACCUCUACUGAACUGAGAGGCAGUCGGCGCCAUGAUGAGUCGGUUGUCCCCAGGACAUCUACAAUACGAAGAGUAGGAGGUGUGUGA